AUGAACUCGCUACCUGAUUCACCAAUCCCGAUUAAACAAUUCGUUUCUCGGUUUAAACAGGGAUCCACGAAACAGAUGUACAUUCCGUGUAUUUCUGUAGUAGUGAUUCUGAUUCAAUGGCUUGUUUCAAUUGGUUCAUAUUCAGGAAAAGGUGCACCUCCUAUGUUCGGUGAUUUUGAAGCACAAAGGCAUUGGAUGGAGCUCACAUUACACGUUCCUAUAUCACAAUGGUACUAUGAAAACUUGGAAUGGUGGGGACUUGAUUAUCCUCCGCUGACAGCUUUUGUUUCUUGGCUUUUUGGUAUCAUUGGUAACUAUUUGGGUGAUCCUGCUUGGUUCGCUUUUGAAGCUUCUCAUGGCUUGGAAACGGAGGGACUUAAGUUGUACAUGAGAUCUACUGUUAUAAUUUGCCAUGCUUUAGUCUUGACACCUCCGUUAAUUUUCUAUUCAAAGUGGUGGACCCGUCGGAUUCCGGAUUUCGUUGAAAGAAAUGCUGUCCUGACGAUGGUUUUAUUGCAACCAGCUCUCAUGCUUAUCGAUCAUGGUCACUUCCAAUACAACUGCGUUAUGCUUGGUCUUGUAAUGUAUUCAAUUGCUAAUUUGUUGAGAGAUCAAUAUAUCGCAGCGGCAAUCCUGUUUUGCCUCUCUGUUUGUUUUAAGCAAAUGUCUCUUUACUUUGCGCCAGCAAUCUUUGCAUAUUUGUUAGGUCGUUGCAUGAAGCCUCGAUUUAACCCCCUGCGACUUUUAUCUCUUGGCUUAACUGUAAUCUCGACUUUUGCAUUAAACUUUUUGCCCUGGUUAUAUCUUGAUUAUCGUCUAUUUGAAGACAAGGUAGCGAACUUCUGGUGCGCUAUUAACGUUAUCAUCAAAAUUCGAAAGAUCUUUUCGUUGGAACAAUUAAAGUUAAUUAGUCUGAUAUUCACACUGGCAGCUAUCCUUCCAUCAUGCGUGAUGCUCUAUAUGUAUCCCCGAAAGAGACUCCUUGCUUUCGGUUUCGCCAGUUGUGCCUGGGGCUUCUUCUUGUUUUCUUUCCAAGUCCACGAAAAGACGGUGCUGCUGCCUUUAAUGCUUACUACUGUUCUUCUCUGUCAUGGUUUAGCAGAUGUUAAAUCUUGGGUUUCGUUGGCCAACAACUUGGCGGUAUUCAGUCUUUGGCCAUUACUGAAACGCGACGGACUUAUUCUUCAGUUCUUCGUAUUAGUUAUGAUGUGGAACUGGUUGGGACGGAUGAUUGUCUUUUCUAAGAAUCUUUUCUUCCGAUACCUUCAAGCUUCAUUUUAUGUUGCUAUGAUUGUUCUUCUUUUGACUGACAUAUUUGUUUCGCCUCCCGCACGAUUCCCUGAUAUAUGGGUUGUGCUCAACGUCCUUGUCUCCUUUGCUGGAUUCGUGGUAAUUUGGCUCUGGUUGAUCCUUCGUAUGCUGCAUGUAACAAGCAAGCUUUCACACGACCUGAAUAUUAAAAAGCAAAACUAA